AUGCGUCCAGUCUUCAAAGAGAAGAUGAGCGUACAGAGUACGGGUUCGCCGGUAAUUGACAAAAUCUCGACGAAAGCAGAGGACAAAGUAGUAGUUUCCACAGAGGAUGAAGACGUGACAACAGUUGCUUCCUCGAACAAUUCAAUUCAAGCACCCAAUGACUCGCCAUGGCAAGAUCCAACAUAUUUCAGUUCUUUUGGGAGGGAACUAAUGUUUAUAGUCACAUGUAUGUUAGCGCAAUUGCUGAAUCAAGCAGGCCAGACGCAUGCCCUUACCAUAAUGAAUGUUCUGUCAAAGUCCUUCGAUUCAGAGUCGGACAAGCAGGCCUGGUUAAUGGCAUCGUUCCCCUUGGUUGCUGGAUCUUUUAUCCUUAUAAGUGGGAGGCUAGGUGAUAUUUAUGGACUAAAGAAAAUGCUAAUGAUCGGUUACGUUACCAUAAUCGUUUGGUCACUAAUCUGUGGCCUUUCUAAAUAUUCCAAUAACGAUGCAUUUUUCAUUACAUGUCGUGCGUUUCAAGGGCUGGGGAUCGCCUUCAUCUUACCAAACGUUAUGGGACUGGUUGGUCACGUUUAUAAAGUUGGUUCAACGAGAAAAAACCUAGUUAUUAGUUUCAUUGGUGCAUGUGCCCCCGCAGGCGGUAUGUUUGGUGGAUUGUUCGGAGGAUUGAUUGUUAAUGAAGACCCUGAACAGUGGCCUUGGGUGUUUUAUGCCUUCGCGAUUGCAUUUUUUCUUAAUUCGAUUUUAGCUUGGUAUUCUAUUCCAAACAAUAUACCAACAAACGUUCAUGGAUUUUCGAUGGAUUGGACUGGCUCUGUUCUUGCUGUUAUUGGAUUGAUCCUGUUCAACUUUGUUUGGAAUCAAGCUCCAACAGCAGGUUGGGGUACAGCUUAUAUUAUUGCUCUUUUAAUAGUCUCGGUAAUCUUUCUCGUUGCUUUCUUUGUCUACGAGGUCAAUUACGCUAAAGUUCCUCUACUACCACAUGCAGUUACUAAAAACCGCCAUAUGAUUAUGAUUUUAUUGGCCGUAUUUUUGGGAUGGGGGUCAUUUGGUAUUUGGACAUUCUAUUACAUGUCUUUCCAACUCAACUUGAGGCAUUACAGUCCUGUAUGGACUGGUGGUACGUAUUUUGUUUUCGUGAUCUUCGGUACGAUCGCUGCAUUUAUGGUUGCCCUAACCAUCAAGAGAGUAGGACCUGCCUUUUUGUUAUGUUUUGCUUUGGUGGCAUUUGACGUUGGUUCAAUAAUGUUUAGUGUGCUGCCGGUAAAACAAAGCUUCUGGAAAUUGAACUUUGGAAUGCAGGCUAUCUUAUGCUUUGGUAUGGACUUGUCAUUCCCUGCUUCAUCGAUUAUAUUAAGUGAUGGGCUCCCAAUGGAGUACCAAGGUAUGGCUGGAUCGUUAGUGAACACGGUUAUUAAUUAUUCAGCGUCCCUCUGCUUAGGUAUGGGAGCUACCGUAGAACAUCAGAUCAAUAAAAACGGCAAGGAUUUGUUGAAAGGUUACCGAGGUGCUAUAUAUCUAGGCGUUGGGCUAGCUUCCUUGGGCGUUUUGAUUAGCUUCACUUACAUGAUGGAAACAUUUUGGAAUAAUCGCAGAGAUCGCCAAAAGGAUAGCGUUAUAUCGGAAAUGAGUUGA